CCUACAGCGCGGUGCAACACCGAGGACAGAGGAACAUGUUGCUGCACAAACUGCUUGUGUGGAUCCUGUCAGUCCUGUGCGGGGCUGACAUGUGUUGGGGUUUUGUGUAUGAUCGGCCCAAACGCUCAGGAGAAGACGGGACAUCGGCCAGGACAGAAACUCGCUCUGCGUCUCACUACGUGCCGACCUCCGGCUCCUGCAGAAACAGGUGUUUCGAGCUGGUUGAGUUGGAGCCGCCAAACUGUCGCUGCGACAACCUGUGUAAAACCUACAAUGGCUGCUGCUCAGACUUUGACCAGCUCUGCCUACGCACAGAGGGCGGUUAUGAAUGCAGUAAGGAUCGGUGCGGGGAGACUCGGAAUGAGCAGCAUGCCUGCCACUGCUCUGAUGACUGUCUGGCCAGAGGAGACUGUUGUACCAACUACAAGAAGCUGUGCAAAGGAGACACCUCGUGGCUGCAGGAUGAUUGUGAGGAGAUCAAGGCUCCUGAAUGUCCUGCUGGGUUUGUGCGUCCGCCGCUCAUCAUCCUGUCCGUGGAUGGAUUUAGAGCUUCGUAUGUGAAGAGAGGGAACACCGUCAUCCCUCACAUUGAGAAGCUCAGAACAUGUGGAACCCAUGCACCGUACAUGAGACCUGUUUACCCCACGAAAACCUUCCCCAAUCUCUACUCGCUGGCUACAGGGCUUUACCCAGAGUCUCAUGGCAUCGUUGGAAACUCCAUGUAUGACCCAGGAUUUGAUGCAACCUUCACCUUGAGAGGCCGAGAGAAGCUCAAUCACCGCUGGUGGGGAGGACAGCCAAUCUGGAUCACAGCACUCAGACAAGGAGUGAAGGCUGCUACCUUCUUCUGGCCUGUUGCCAUCCCUUUGGAGAGGAGGAUACUGACUAUGCUGCAGUGGCUUCACCUACCUGAAGAAGAAAGGCCUUAUGUUUACGCCAUGCACUCUGAGCAGCCGGACACAUACGGACACAAAAUGGGGCCCAUGAGCACUGAUCUGAACAGCUCUCUGAGGAUGAUUGACAGAAUUAUCGGCCAGCUCAUGGAUGGACUCAAGCAGAUGAAACUGCACCGCUGUGUCAACAUCAUCCUGGUCGGGGAUCACGGUAUGGAAGAGGCCCACUGCGAUCGCACCGAGUUCCUCAGUAACUAUAUGACCAGCGUUGAUGACAUCAUCCUCGUCCCUGGGGCCCUAGGCAGAAUACGCUCCAGACAGCCCAACAACAGGAAAUAUGACCCCAAAGCUGUUGUGGCCGAUCUAACGUGUAAGAAAGCAGACCAGCACUUCAAACCGUACUUGAAGCAGCACCUGCCAAAGAGACUGCACUACGCCAACAAUCAACGCAUUGAAGAUGUCCAUCUCCUGGUGGACAGGAAGUGGCACGUUGCCAGGAAAGUCCCUGAAGGCAGGAGGCACUGUGGCUUUGCUGGAGAUCAUGGAUAUGACAAUAAGAUCAACAGCAUGCAGACUAUUUUCGUUGGGUAUGGGCCUACAUUUAAAUUCAAGACUAAAGUUCCAGCCUUUGAAAACAUCGAGCUUUAUAACGUAAUGUGUGAUCUUCUAGGUUUGAAACCGGCCCCUAAUAAUGGAACUCACGGCAGUCUGAACCACCUGCUAAGAACCCCCCCGUACAGACCCACCAUGCCAGAGGAGGUCUCCAGGCCAGCAGCGUCUGGUGUUGUACCUGCAGGAACAGACAGCUUGGGGUGCAGCUGCGACGAAAAGAACAAAGUGGAGGAGCUAAACCAGCGACUGAGGCAAGCUAUGGAUGACAGCAGGAACCUGCCGUUCGGUCGGCCUGCUGUCCUCUUCCGUACCAAAUACUGCAUCCUGCACCACAGCGACUACAUCAGUGGCUACAGUGAAACUCUGUCCAUGCCCGUCUGGACAUCGUACACUGCCAGCAGACAGGUAGAAGUGUCUCCUCUGCCUGAAGCUCUGUCCAACUGUGUGAGACCUGACUCCAGAGUCCCUCCAGCUUACAGCCAAUCAUGUACCAACUACAGAGCAGAUAAACACAUCACGUACGCCUUUCUGUACCCACCACAACUGUCGUCAAAUCUAGAGAAAAAAUCCGAUGCUGUCCUCAUCACUAACACUGUUCCCAUGUAUCCAGCAUUCAAGAAGAUAUGGGGUUAUUUCCAGAGAGUGCUGGUGAAGAAAUACGCCACUGAGAGAAAUGGAGUGAAUGUACUGACUGGACCCAUAUUUGACUACAACUAUGACGGUGUCAGAGACUCAGCUGAGAAGAUACGAGAGUAUAUAAGUGGUACAAUCCCAAUCCCCACUCACUACUUUGUGGUCCUGACCAGCUGCUUAGACUUCACACAAGCUACAGACUCGUGUAACGGACCGCUCAACAGCGCCGCCUUCAUCCUGCCGCACAGACCCACCAACGAUGAGAGCUGCAACAGCUCAGAGGAGGAGUCUCAUUGGGUGGAGAGCCUGAUGAAGAUGCACACAGCUCGGGUCAGAGAUGUGGAGCUCCUGACAGGCCUGGACCUGUACCGCAGGACCAGCCGCAGCUACGCUGAAAUCCUCUCGCUCAAGACCUACAUGCACACCUACGAGAGCGAGAUCUGAGUCCUGCUAAUGUUCCUGACGUUAUCUUCUGCUGUGGUGGCUCGAUGUGGUACCAGGAGGAGCUGCAGUCAUCUCACCCCACCAGCUGCUCUGCAGCACCUAUGUUGUGGCCUCUUCACUGACUCCUUCAUGUGCUUUCAUCUCAGUAACUGUUAUUUUGCAUACAUUUUGAACACCACUCAGCUAAGAGGCCACUCGAGUUAAAUAUUUAGCUUUUCAAGAGAUCGAUAUCCAUUCGCAGAAAUGCUGCUGCACAAUUUCAUCCAUCCAGCCAUGACUGUACCCAUCUAUGUGUCAGAGGGCUGGCUGUGACUGGAAAUGAGCUCCACUGAUAAUCACAGCAUCACUAAAUAUGUCUCGAGAUAUUCAAGUAGAGUUACACCAUAACAA